AUGUAUAUCCAAACAUUCAACAGCGUUACAUAUGACCUAGUUGGGCAGCCUUCGCCUUCGCCUUCGCCAUCGUCAUCGUCAUCGCCACUACCAUUGAUCAAUAGCGUGUUGCUGGCCGAUACAGCCAAGUAUAACAAUACAUUGGCAUUCAAACAUUUGUGUGCCUAUCCCAACAUGUUCAUGUCGGUGCAGUCCAUGCAUCUACUCAGCGACAUCUGUCGUCAUGGCAAUGUGGACAUGCUCCAGCUCUACCUGAACAUCACUGGACAUCACACGCUGGGCGAAGACAGAGUUCACCUUCUUAUGGCCGCCAUAGAGUCAGGCAAUGAGCACUUUGUGCGUUUACUGCUCCAUCACCUCUCGCUCGACCAAUUGAUUGCCGAACAUUUAAUGAACAUUCAUACCAACCCGCGGCGAGCCGUUAACGUACGAGUUCUGAAGGUGCUACACGAGGAGUUCAACUGUCUCUUAAGACUGGGCAACCUUAGCGACGUGUUGCUUCAGAGCUCUGUUCAGUUUGGCGCGAAGGAGAGUGCCAUAUACAUCAUGAAUCACUUGCAUAUACCCGACUCGAUGUGGUUGGUCGAGGAUUGUUUCAUCUUGUGCACCGCGUCUGGCAACAUUGACAUAUUCAUGGCACUGUCCCGCUGGCCGCCUGGCAAAGAAUUCCUCAACUCCGAAUCUGGUCUCGUCCGGAUCAUCAGUGAUGCAAGAGAUCGAGACCAUGUAGACUUCCUCCUACAACUGCGCGACAGAGUUGAUACCAUGGCACUUGCGCCCAAUCAAGACACACUCGACGAGUUGAACGCCAUCCUAUCACAAUACUCAUUGCCCUGGGGUACACCGUCCAAUCUUCUAAAGGCCAUUCUUGAUGAUGACUUGGGCGCUGCAGAAGCGCUCAUCGACAAGAUCGAUGAGCUUGAUGAAGACACAUGUGAGUCAAUGUCCACAGCGAUGGCAAUGAGUCUAUUCCGCCCUCGCUCGAUUAGUGGUCGCCUGGUCUUACGGGGCAACACUCUCAACAACAUGAUCAAAGCGAUUGGUAGACGUGGCAGCUCAAUCACCGGCGACAUUGUCUGCAUGAUGAUUGACAACUGUGAUCUUCCAUCGCCCUCCCACACCAAGGACUCACUCGUAAAGUCCGCGAGCAUAUCACUGGCAUUGAUGGAGCGCAUUCACAACAAGUUCAACGUGGACUAUAAUGGCAGAUGUCUUGCACAAGCUCUGAUCAGGAGGAGGUGUAACGAGACCCUGCCUACGCUGCUCCAACAAGUUGUCAAUGAUUCGGAUCGAGACGCGAUCAUGAUGGAGGCAAACGCAUCUCUCAGAUCAGUGACAAUCGAGGAGUUCAAUAUGUUCGCGAGCUUACUUCCAUCGAUCGCCAGCAAUCCAGAGACAUGUUUAUGGGCAUCAAAGUGCGACACAGUCGAUGUGUUUGCACAUCUCAUCAACAAGUUCACCUACCAAGAGAUGUCCAACAACAGAUUACUGGUGAGGAUUGUGGAGGAAGCAUAUCAUCUUGACAAACCAGAAGUGAUUCGGUGUCUUGAGCUUCAGUAUGUUGGUCAUGACCUGCCGCGGCCUACUCACUCAAUGCUAGAGGAAGCUGUAACGGCCAACUGUCUUGAUAUACUUGAGUACUACUUUGACAUAUCAUCAUCAUUCAAGUCCAUGUCCAUCUCACAUCGUCUGCGUACCCUUCACACUGUCCGAUACCUUGGAUACAUAUGGGGCACGACCAGAGUUAUCAAACUCUGCAAUGAACGUAUCAACAUGGUCAAGUCAGAUACACCAACGUUGGAACACAAACCAGAUGUGACGACCAAUAUCACCUCAUCGUCAAUCAUGGAUGUACCAUUCCAUCAGGUGUUUGGGGAUGGUAUCCUUGGCCCAUUGAUCAUGCGCAAUGUUGGAGAGAUAUAUCGUUCACUUGGAUAUGGAGAGGAUCAGCUGAUCAAGGGAUCUACACUACUGUCCAAUCAUAGUCUGUUGCAAUAUAUCAAAUAUGGUGCGACGGAAUGGUUCCUCAAAUCAUACUCAUUGGUCUCAGACAAGUUCGUCGACACUCAGAACGAUAAUUUAAUGUCAGCAGCAUUCGAGCGAUGUGACAAGCGUAUAUUGGACAUUUUGCUUGACAAUCCCAACAUGACAAUCAACUCGCAGCCACCAUGGUUGCCCAAGGAUUUCGUUCGCAGCGUAUCAACGUGCACUCAUCCCGACUGGGAGUGGAUUCUAUCCGAGUACCUGAUGAUCAAAUGCCUGGCAUCGACCAACCUCAGCAGCUUUGUAAUUGAUGGCGAUAUUGUAUCACAUAUCAUUCAUCCAUUGUUCAUCGAACGGCUCAUCAACAUUGGCAUCACACUUACACAAAUCCCAUACAACCCAUCCUACAUCAAGGCUGUGGAACAAGGCUGGCUCAGCAAGCCAUGGGCAUGUGAGAUGUUCAGUCUCUUGCUUCAGUGGGACUUGAUGGAGGACCGCUUCAUGGAUGCACUGCAGCCUCUGGUUGUGGCCCAUGAUCAAUUGGAAAUCUUUAAACUAUACUUGGAGCUCGAGACACCAUACUUUGACCCAGAUGCAAUCAUUCGAGAAUGUUGCCAGCAUGGACGAGUCGAGAUGCUCAACUUGCUCCUAUCUCGUCUUAAAGGUGAUUCAGAAUACUCAAUGAUCAUGAAAAGGAUUGAUUGGAUUGCAUGUCUGAGGCUGGCGACCGAGUGUGGAUCACGACCAUUGGUUGCCAAGUUGCAUGAUAAGUUGGUCGAACAACAAGACAACUCACUCUAUGCAUUGAGUGCGACCAAGUUGGCAUUGGACAAGGACCACUUUGAGAUGGCCGACUAUCUACUUGACAUCUUAAUGUCUGACCAAAGGUACCAUGGCUUAACAAUCAUGAUCAACAAGGUCACUGGAUCAUUGUCCAAACAUGAUGAGAUGAUGGAUCGAUUGAAGGCACAUCCCAACAUUACCUUAGUGUUGACAGAUCUAAAGAGCCAGACGUCAACACUCUCCAAAGCAUUGGCUGAUGGUGAUGUGGACGUUGCCAGACAGAUCAUUGCGGCCAACCCUGGAUCAAAGUUGGACAUUGGACGUCUUUGUAGAUUGAUGGAGUUUGUUGGAUUGCCUGGACCUUGCAAGGUGACUGAGGCCGAUGUCUUUGAGUUUAGCAAGCUCAUAACAAUCAGUCCACAUGACAUCUUCAACAACACAAUCUUUCAGGUUGCCGCCCAGAAGUCAUUGUCACUCCUCAAGUUGGUGGUCUCACUCUGCACGCAGCCACCCACAUCUAGCCCUAGCCCCAUCACAAUGCUGGACUCAUCGGAUAUCAAGAAGGCGAUUGAGUCUUGCGUCAAGAGAGGCGACACUGAUUCGAUUGAGUAUCUUGUCGACCAGGCACGAUCACAUCAUUUACCAAGUGACAUCAUACCAUUGGAGAUAUCAAAUACUACAGUGUUAGCAUACAUAAUGGCCAGAGGAUAUCGCUUUGUUGUAUCAGAUACAAAGUCGAAUGCCUUGGGUAGGUUGGUGGAGUGGGCAUGUCUUGAGGGACAUGUAGAUGUGGUGCGUCUUGUACUUGGGCGUUGUACAACAGAUGAACAACAAAGAAGACAUAUGCCAUCAUUGUCAUGUAUUAUCCAAGCCACAGAGAGGAAUCAACAUCAGCUGAUCAAACAACUACUACUCCUUGAUAGUGAUGCUGUUGAUCAAUGGAUGCACUUGCCAAUCAUACUUAAUACCAUUCGAUUCUACUCAACUAAAUAUGGAGCGCUAAAGAUAAUGUCGACAGUGCAGUUAUGA